AUGGUGAAUAAGAUUCAUUCAAUAACUAUUAUUGAUGCAAUUGAUUUAUCAACUAAACUUGAACCUUAUCUUAUUAAAUACAAUCAAAUAAAAUAUCAACAACUGUUAAUUACAGAAAGUAAUUAUGAAAGAAUUUUAAAUGAAUAUUUAUCAGAAGAUGAUAUACUUCUUGAUCUUGCUUAUAAUAUUGAAACAAGAUGUUUAUUAAAAUGGUGUCAUGAUCAUAAAGUUUGUUUUGUUAAUACAUCAGUUGAAUUAUGGGAACCAUUUGGUGAAAAAUAUAAGAAUGAUCCACGUUUAUUAACAUUAUAUCAUCGACAAAUGCAAUUAAUUGAAAUGCAAAAUGAUAUUAAAUGGAAUAAAAAAGGUCCAACAGCAAUACUUGAUCAUGGUUGUAACCCAGGACUUGUUUCACAUUUUGUUAAACGUGGUCUCAUUGAUAUGGCUGAAUAUGUACUCAAUCAAAAUGAAACAAUUAUUUCAAAUAAUAAUAAAAUUCAAUUAGAAAAUGCAUUACAAAGAAAAGAUUAUCCACAAUUAGCAUAUUUAUUGAAUAUAAAAACAAUUCAUAUAUCUGAACGUGAUACACAAUUAACAAAUGAUCCAAAAAAAGUUAAUGAAUUUGUUAAUACAUGGUCAAUUGAAGGUUUUAUUGAAGAAGGUGCAGCACCAGCUGAAAUGGGUUGGGGAACACAUGAAAGAGAUAUUCCAAAUGGAACAUUUUUUCAUAAUGAUAGUAAUGGUCCACGCAAUCAAGUCUGUCUCUCUACAAAAGGAAUGAAUACAUGGGUUCGUUCAUGGGUACCAAGUGGUGAAAUCAUUGGCAUGGUUAUAAGACAUGGUGAAGCAUAUGGACUUUCAAAAUAUUUAUCAGUUUAUACUGAUGAUGAAAAUAAUAAUGGAGUUUUAUAUCGACCAACUGUUCAUUAUGCAUAUUUACCAUGUGAUCCUGCAUUAAGUUCUUUAGUUGAAUUUCGUAUGCAUAAUUAUCAAUUACAGCCAACAUUACGCAUAUUAAAUGAUGAUAUUAUUGAAGGUGCUGAUGAAGUUGGUGUUCUUUUACUUGGUAGUCCUUAUAUAAAUGCAUGGUGGACAGGUAGUGUACUUGAUAUUCAUCAAACGAGAGAAAUAAUAUCUGGACAAAGUGCAACAACAUUGCAAGUUGCUAUUAGUGUUGUUGCUGCUCUUCAAUAUUGUAUGAAACAUCCAAAUGAAGGAAUAUGUUUACCAGAUGAUAUUGAUGUUGAUGAAAUUCUUGAUAUGUGUAUGCCUUAUUUAGGAACUUGGGUUUCAAAAGCAGCUAAUUGGCCACCGGAAAACGAUAAAAUUAAAGAGAAUUGGCAAUUUACAUCAUUUCAAGUUGAAGAUUAA